AUGUAUAAACUCGCGGUUGAAAGUGGUCGACUAUCGGCAGAGUUGAAUUACCUAGCCAAGGCACUUCGCUCAGCCGAUAUGCACCACCAAAUACCGCCCUACGCGGGGAGUAUUUACCACCAGCCGCCCUCUUGGGGUGAUCUGUACCUCCGAUCACCCGAUUUGAUCCCCGCCGCGCUGCACGCCUCGCCGCUUGGAGGUCUGCCAGGCAGCGAGUUCAUGGGGUCUAUUGAGUCCAUCCUACAGACCUCUACAUCCGCUUCUCCCACGGGCAACCUCCUUACGCUGGAGGCACUGCGCGAUCACAUGGACCUUUUGGUGAAGAUUCACAAGCUCGAGGUCAAGGUGGGCGCUUCGAAGUGGAGGCUGGAGGACCUCUGUCAGCGCGCUGAGCUCCCUAGCGUCGCAGGACUGCACAGCAUUGAGUCAUUUCUCGCUCAGCUCAUCCCCUGUAUUGUCAUCACCCCCGCCGACUGCUUCUGGGAGGGCUCUAAGGUCAUUGCACCAGACACGGUUGUUCAGAUACCGUGGCCCAACAAGCAGUACACGCUGCAGUGGUCGAGUCUCAACCCGCACCACAUGCUUUCGAGCCUUCGAAGUGAGUACGGCAACCACUCCUCGGAGAUGAACUACCUCGAUGAGCUGACGGACAUGCUCAAUCGAACAGGUUUGAGCCAUGGCUAUCUCACUCGGCCCUGUCUAGACCCCCAUGACCCUGGCUGUCCCAGUCUCUCUCCCAACUACAAAGCGCAGUCGCCAGACAUUGCUUGUGUGGUUACCAACGGCUGUCCCAGUUUCGCCGCAAACAUCCUUCACUGGCCCAGAGACCUUCUUCUCGGUGGCCAGCGGUGCUUCGUACGAAAUCACUCCACAGCGUCCUGCGGAAAUCCUGGCCAUCGCUUGGUGCAUGCUUCGGCUCUGCAAUCUCUGCUUCUGCUUCGCUCACCACAGGACCUCUACCGCACCGUCCGCUUUAACGAUCCCUAUAAGCACGAGUCGUGGACCCUGCUAGACGCGCAAAACACGCUGGACCAGUGGCGCAGUGGACUCAAGCAUCUCCUCAUUGUGCAUAAUAAAGCCAUAUCGGGGAGCAGGAGCUGGCAAUACUACGGCUUCACCGACAACUCCCUUCGUGACCUUCUCACGCAGAGCACAGUUAGUGUGUGGUUUGCUCAACUCGCUGGAGCCGUUGUACUCGUACUUCUCUACGGCAUGGUGUGCCUGCUGUGCUGGCGCGAACCUUCGCGGUCCCAAUGCUGGCUGGCCUUGGCUGGUUUAGGUCUUAUUGUCCUCGCUCUUGUGGCUGGCCUCGGCAUCUGCUCUCUCAUCGGCCUCCCCUUCAAUGUUUUAUCCAUCCAGGUCCUGCCCUUCUUAAUUCUCGGUUUCGGCAUGGAGGGAUUGUUCGUGUUUACCACCUGCAACACUUGCGUGCUAUCGCGCUCGGCAGAGGUCAACCAAAAAGCUGUACUGUGGACCACCCACGUGCUUGCCGAGCACGGAACUGCCUUCGUCUUUUCCGCCCUCGUGAUGGCUGCCGCAUUCUUCGCUGCCAUCUACCUUCCCGUGCCUGUGAUGCGACAGUUCUGCCUCCAGGCGGGUAUCCUGGUGUUGGUUCAGGCCGUCACAAUCAUGGCCUUGUUCCCAGUGCUCCUAAAGUUGGACUCACGGCGACGCGUGUGCCAUCGUAUGGAUGUGCUGUGCUGUCUCCGGCAGCCCGUCUCUAUGGCACACCAUGAUACUGAAGCCGCUUCUGCCACCAUUACCGCCUCUGCAUCACCCUCCUACCUUGUCACACCUUCUGACCCCAGUGAGGGUAUCGUGCGUGUCGUGGAGACCACCUCCACGAAGGUCCGUCUCAGUGGUAAUGCUGUGGCCACCGUUAAGGUCUCCGUCUCCACGCGGAAGCCACCCAUUUUGGUCAAAGACAUCCAUUCUUGUGGCCAUGGAAGUCUCGGAGUUGUCUUCCUGGAGUGUCUCUGUAGUUCCUGUCAGCACCGGCAGUCUUGCACCGGCGGUCCGCUUUUCAUCCGCCUUGCAAACCGACUGGCGGCUGCGCUCUCGCAAUUCCUCUCUCUCCGCAUCGUUAUCUGUCUCCUCGGUCUCAGCCUCGUCGCCUCAGCCGCCGUGUUGGCUCCCUUGCGUCUCCGACUGGGUCUCAACCUCCUCAGUCUCAUCCCCACCGACGCUAUCGAACAUGGAUUCGUGGAGAAGUCGAGUGAGACCUUCGGUCUCAUUCACUUCCAACUCAUUACUCGAGGCAGCGACGCCAUUUUGGUGGCCGAACCAUCACCACCUGCGCCUGCUGAGGGUUUUAUUCGCAGGAAGCCAGAAGUUCCACAGGUCAGCGCUCUUUCUGGUCCUGGAGUCGAUUUUGCCCGGAGUCAGACGCAUCUGAGGACACUGUUUUCUGAGGUGGCUAGCUUACCGGGAGUUUCCUUCACUGGCAAACGUAUCUGGCUGGAUUCCAUGCACGACUGGCUGCUGGGGCUUCAAAGGGCUUUUGAUGCUGAUGUACAAAAUGGCUAUAUCUCUCCCGAAGGCAACUGGACCGAAAAAGCCAGUGAAGAAGGCGUUCUUGGCCUCUUGCUGAUUGUGCAAACCGAUAACGGUAUCGACUUGGGCAGGAUUCGAACGGGUCGUCUGGUGCACAAUCGUGUGAUCGAACCAUCUGCAUUUCGCGUCUAUCUGCAUGCAUGGCGUGUGCUAGAUGUGUUUAACUACACCUCUCCUCCCUGUACCAUCAUUCCUGAUCCAGGCCUUCACUUGGGUCGCAUUACACUACCGCAGCGGGUGGGGGGACCUUCAGACCUCUACAGCAUCUCACCUGCCGAUCCAAUCCAACUUACUCAAACAGCAUUUUUUGCCAGAGGCUACGGGGAUAUCGCCGACCAAAUCAGAUUCGUCAAGAGAGUUCGUGCUCUCACCGAGCAGUCGAUUUCUCAGGGCGUACCAGUCUUUCCCACAGGUCUGCCGUUCACCCUGGCAGAGCAGUAUCUCACCUUUUGGCAGCACUUCGUCGUGACCAGUGGCAUCCUUGUGGGUGCAGUGUUAGUGGCGGGUCUGAUAUUCCUCCCGCGUCCCGUGGCUGCUCUACUCGCCGUGUGCGUGGGCGGCGGUGGCGCUGUCUCCGCUUGUCUCCUCGGUUUCCUUGUCCUUGGCCUCGAUCUAAAUGCCAUAUCGGGUGGAUUAGUGCUCAUUGCUUUCGGAUUGGGUACAAAACUCUCCUCAGGGGUACUCUGCGGCUGGUACGGCCCCCAGCACAACAUUCACCAUCGGAGUCGCAUAAAUGCUUCCUCCUUCGAGGUUUGCAACGAUAGUGGGAGCAAGGAGGCUGCAGAGAGGGAGGUAGAGGUGGGAGGAGUGACUGCCACUCCUCCUGCUCCUUUGAGGGUGAAGAAACUUUUUGCAAUUCUUCGAAACCAAAUCAGUCAAAUCGUCCACGCCAAUGUAAGCCUCGUGCUAGCUGUGGCAUUGUUAGCCGCCGUGCGAGUCGAGUUCAUUGCUGAUGCUCGUCUUUUCAGUCAUUUCUUCCGCCUCGUGGGCAUAAUAUCUCUGGCUUGUCUCUUCGAUUGCUUGGUCCUUCUUCCAACAGUGUGUUUCGUUCUUGAGCCUAUCUUUCCCUCUCCAUUGUAUACUAUGUCGUCUCCGCCCCCUGUUCAUAUUCGCCACGAUGUGGAAACUACCAUCAGCGAUCUUUUGCCACAUUCCCCUACACCCUCACCUUUGCCGACGUCUCCCCCUUCGACCCUGCCAUCGCGGGUCGAAUCGACCGAUUUCAGUCCCUUCAUAAACGCUCAGGCGACCGAGGAAGAUGAGGAAGAGGACGAAGAAGACCUGGCGAUGCGCCAGCUCUGUGACUCCCUUAAGCGCAGCACCAUAUUAGAAUUCGCUCAUCGUGAUCGUGCUGCUCCAUCUCCUCCCCCCUCCGCAGUUAUUGAUUUGUUUACAAAUGCACUCAGAGACGCCUCGCGGCACGCUAGUCUGAGCACCAUCUCAGAGGAACCCUCUAAUUCCAGCUCCACUAUUAGCCUUCAUCCUCCGCCCCCCCUCAUAACUCCAUCGCACCCUCCGCCUCCCCCUCCUCCCUCCUCCCAUCACCACCACCUUCGUCAUCAUCCAGCGGCAGUGCGGAUGAAGAUGUUCCUUCCGCUUUUGAACGCAGCAAUGGUGGCAGCGCAACGUCAUCACCAGCACCAGCAACAACAGCAGGCCCGUCGGGGUGGUGGCACUGGUGGGCCCGAGCCUCCACCGCCGCCCUACACCGAGCGCUUGCCAUCCGCCUCAAAUUCCUACCGCUACUUUCAAUCCAAGUGUGGAUUGUCCUGUAAGUUGGCCAAACCUUGCAUUUACGAGUCUGCUUUAGCAAGGGACUUGGCCGUUGAAAACCUGCAAAUAUGCUAUAUAUUUGCCCCGCCCGUGAAGAUAACAAAAACGAGGAUUCCCUUUUCGCGACCGGAAUUUCCCUGUGAUUAA